CUUCACUGGGCGAGUCAUUUUCGUUUUCCAUCUAAUUCUGCAGCAAUGGCGGUUGCCUUGAAGCCAUUGUUGCCCAUCAUCAUACUCUCCUCUCUGCUCCUCUACGAAGAGUGGGUCUCAACUCCCUCAUGCAAACCCGAACCACCCGGACCCGAACCCGACCCGGCCCACCACCCGGACGACCUCAAGGUCAUGAUGGUCGCCAACCUCCUCCUCCUCGGCUCCGAAUCCGGCUACUUCGACCUCCUCUUCCGCGACUACUACACCUCCAAAUUCUUCACGAAAUCGUUCCGGACUCUACGGCCCGAUAUGCUCCUCGUCCUCGGCGACAUCUCGGCGCGUGGCCACCACUUGCGGAGGAGCGAGUAUGUCUCGGUGAUCCGUCAGUUUCACCGGGUCCUGGGCCCGUUUCUGGACCUCCCGCUCCACGUGGUUCUCGGCGACCGGGACGUCGGAGUCUGCGACGGGCUGAGUGAGGACUCGGUGGGCUGGAUCGCGAGGAGGUUGCCGGGCCUGGACCCGGCCGGGUGCGGAGCCUUUGAGAUCGGGAACGUCAGCUUCGUGUCGCUAAACGCCGUCGCUUUGCUGUGCGGGAAUAGUGAGGUGAGGUUCAGCGUGGAGAAGGCGGUGGAGAGAGAGAGCGUGGAUUUUCGAGUCGAAAAUGAGGGGGGAAGUGGAGAUAGAGAGAGGAAGGAGAGGGUUUAUGAGUUUGGGUGGAGAGAGAAUGCAAUGUCCUCCGGGUCUGGACCUGUGGUUUUGCUUCACUUUCCGUUGAGCCGAAAUGUGAGUACUACUGAUUUCGAUGGGAGUCCUAAUGUUUUCGACGGCAGGGAGGAUGUUGGUAGAGGGCCGUACGAUUUGUUACAGAAGCUACCGCCAAAUGCUACUGAAUAUAUAUUUCAAGCUCUCAAGCCAAGGAUUGUUUUCAGUGCCCACACUCAGGAAUUCUAUGAUCAUUUCCAUCCAGAUGGAACCCGUGAGGUUACUGUUCCGGCCAUGACAUGGAAUGCGAGGGAUGAUCCUGGAUUUGUUAUUGCCACUUUCCGAAGGAAUGAAGGAGCAGUAAGCAUCAGCCAUUGCUCUCUUGCUAGGGAAUCUCACAUACUUGUAGCCUAUGCAUCUCUUCUGAUUCUUUCGGUAUCAAUGCUGGCUUUCUCAAGCACACCUAGUUUAAGAUCUUUCAAGACAAUGAUAACCUGAUAUGUGUGUUACGAUUGUGUUGUGCAUUACUGUCCGUAAAAUUUUGUAUAUACAUUACUAUAGUAUUUGGGUGAGCAAAAA